AGCGCUAGCAGCUGUUCUCUCCCUAACUUUUUAAAUCAAAUCCAGCGACUUGAGAGUGUAGCCAUCCAACGGCAACGCGGUUGUCAUGGCGUGGGCCACACUGACACACUCCGCUGUUCUCCCAUUAUUCCUGGUUUUUGCCCACCGAUUCAUUGUGAAACCUCAGCGCUCAGCUUUGAAUCUGUCCAUCAUCCGAUUCAGCUCAGUCUUGCUCAUCCACAGCAGCGGACCCAUACACGUGUCUUCCUAUCUCGUAAAGGAAAGAUCUUCAGGCCCGAACCAGCCUGGUUUAUACCUUUUGCUCGGCGUUCAAGUCACGACGUGUGACGUAUGCAGCACAGCACUCGGGAAUAUGUAGCGUAAACAUACGUUAUAAAGUGGGACCUGCACGCCACUAAGGGAUAUGAGUAGCGCCGUAUUUUGGUCACUACUGGUCUCCUCAGGUCCUGUGAUUUCAUAUUCUAUAGAACCGGGCAACACACAUGGAAGCACAAUUUGAAUACGACUCGGCCUGAAUGCUCCACGCACGAUAUUCCUG